AAUUUAUUCGAAUAUCAUAGACGACCACCUUCGUGAGAAAAAGUUCUAAUUUUAGAGUAACCAAAUACCACAGGACGAACUACCAUAACUAACUACAACGGAUACUCUCCAUGCAUACCCACCAUGAAAGGCGCAGAAGCAAACUUUGCUGUCCGUACGAAAAAGUCACACACCAGAUUUUGGCCACAAACCCCAUGAUUGGCCAGGCUAACAUGCUCUUGCAGAACCAGCAAUGACUCCUAAAUAUUCUGCACCUCAUGGCUAUAUUACCUUCUCACCUCCUCCUCUUGUCCCUCAUCAGCCUCAAACAUCCUUAUUCAUCAUACAAAGGUCUUUCAGUUCACCCCAUCCACCUCCAUAACUCGCCCACCCUUCCCACAAACUUCAUCAAUCAAUGGGAGGCUGUGCGGGCAAGCCCAAGGAUUCUGGAGUCCAGCAGGAGCCACUCCCUGCUGAGGGCUCUGCCCCCGACAAGAAGGCGGCAGCGGCCGAGGGCGAGACUGUUGCUCUAGAUAGCAGCAAUGGAGGUGAGAUACAGACUACAACGGCCGACACUGUGGUAGACCCCCCCGCUUCCGCAGGGAUCAGUGAUAGAGUGCACAAACCAGAAGAUUCCGCGGAGGCCGGUGAAGAGCUUGCCAAGAAAACAGAGGACAAAGUUGACGCCCCCACUGUCAAUGAAUCAAAGGACAAAGUUGAGGCUGGUAAUGAGAUCCAAGAGCUGGCAAAGGAGGGGCAAGUUGAGGCCGAGGCUGACAAACCAGAUGCUGCUCCAGGCUCAGAGGAUAAAAUUGAGGCACUUCUUGCCAAUGCAUGAUAAAAGAAUAAAGAAAUAUACCUGCAGCAGAGAUGGAUGUAUCACGGUGAUGAUGGUUGCCUGACUUGAGCCUGGUUUUUUUGGAACUCAUGUAUCAACACCUGAAAGUUUACUUUUAUUUAUGUUACCAAAUAAUUUUUUGCUAUAUCCCUACUAAACCAUUUUUCUGGUUUUUAGGAAUCAAAUAUGUUAUUCAAAAGAUUAGGCAAAUAUAUCAUCCCUUUCCUCCAGAUCACUUUUUUGGCACAAUAGACAUACAGAAGAAGUUAUCUUCUGAUGAGAAGAAAAAAAACACAAGAAAAAGAAAGAGAAAAAUGAUGAGAUGAGACCAAGAAUCUGAACAAGUUUCAUGAAUAUCUUGGAUGGAAUCUCACAUCAUUCUUUCAUAAACAGUACCAUAAGUCGUGUUAAGUCAUUGGUUAUCUCAAAAGCUUAAAUUGAUAGAAAAUGAUUGAUUUAAUCAUUUAAUUAAUAUUCUAACAGAUCGCAUGUAGAAUCACACAUUAGUUUUUGACAAUAAAAUUCUAUGUAGUUUUUUGUGUCAGUUGAAAGUGGAUAAAUAAUAGUGAGGUCAAUUCCCACUCACCAUAACCUUCUACACAUGAAGAUACUUGACAUGUAUGGCAUCAAUAGUGCUAUAUCAGAAUUCAGUAUGACCCUAAUUCUUUAGAAUUACCCCUAGGCCCAACACUUGAGCAGAUUCAAUAAGAUAUUAGCCCUAGGCCUUCCAGAUGAAGGCAGCAUUCAGAGAAACAUUUUGUAUUUGAACAUCUUAUAGAUUAGCCUACCAUUCCAAUCUAAUGGACUAAAACUCAUCUCACACUCUACGCACAUUACCACAUAACCAUAUAGUUAUUAUUGUAAUUUAAUUCACUUAAAUAUUCUCAGAAUUGAAUAAAUGCUGCAAUCUAAUAGCUGAAAACAAUGUGGAUGGAAGGCAACAACCACCAUCGCCAUAAUUAAGUUUGUACAGCAAGAAGAUUGUAACCUCCGGCCCAUGCCCUAUGGGGUCCCCUACCUCUUAUGGUUGAAAGUAUCUUUCUAUAACUUUUUGUGGAUACAUUUUGUAGUACCAUUCCUAUCUCUCUCUCUCUCUGAUCUGGUGAAGAUUUCAAUAUAUUCAUCAUCAGCCUCACCCUCAUCCCACCUAAGGCAGUAGCUAGUGCGUUUUCCAUGCAAGGGAUAAGAAUUCGUAACAUUUUAUUUCUGAAAAAUAAAAUGACAAGAUUGAGAAUUGUAGGACCAGAUCUAAAAAUUCAAUUGGUAGCCAACAUAGUAAGUUGGAUCAAGUUUUUCAACAAUCACAGGUCAAAUUCAAAAUACUACGAAAUAAUACAUGUUAGUCACUAGCUGAAGUCCAGCUCCCUAGUCCCUACCAUUACCUCCAACAGAUCGAAGAACAGGUGAGAAUGGUCAUCAUCCGGUUACAGUGGUAUAGGACAUCCUUUAUAUAUAUAUAUGUGGAUAGGGCAGGGUACAGGGCUCAUUAGGUUGGCAAAUCCCCUUGGAGUGUGGUCCUUUUGUCAAUGUUCCACCAUGGUCUAAAAUAUUUAUUGUAUACUAAGAUAAAUCACUAAAUCCAGUGGUCAUAAUAGAUCUGUUACAGGUGCCAGCUGAGUUAUUCAGUUCAAUCGCCAUUGUAAGGUCAGCUAUCAUCUGUAUCACCAUAGGAAACCUGAUAACUCACCUAAAGAGAGCCUUAAAUUCCACUCUUUCCUGCAUAUAUGUCUAAAUUCAAUACCAUACUCUUUAGUACCCUGCUAGGUGACAAUCCAAACCAUAACCUGAACAUGAUCCAAGAGAAAUAGCAAAAUGAACAGAGAACUCUGAUGCAUUUUAAAUUUUCAAAUUGAUGACAUUGAGCAAGAAAGUACUCCUUCAUUUCCAAUAUUUCUAAUCAGGUCUGUUCAGAAACCGAGUAAAUCUCUAUUAAAGUACAUGGAAUCAGAUUUUAUUGGAUUACUAGGCAAAACAUAUAUGUGGAAUCAGUUUUUUCUAAGGAAAAAAUAAAAAAGAUUACAUGGGGCUUUGCUUGGUGUUUAUUAAGCAGGUUUUUCUAAGGGUCCUGUAUAAUAAGCCCUCAGCCAAUCAAUCCAUCCUAUUGUCCACUGAAAAGGGGCCAACUUAGUGAUCAUCGCAAAGGUAUGAAAGCUAGUGAUUUUAGCAUCUCAACCUUUUUCUUUUAAUAUGCUGCAAUAGAUGCACCACUGGUUAUAAGCCAAGCUAUUUCAAAGUACUCCAGAAUUCGCAAGGGAUAUCUGAAUGGAUGGGAUAGUAUUCAUCUCCUAAUUAAAAACAAAAAGAAAAGAUCGCUCAUAUGGUUCUGAGCCGUCUGGCAAAAGCCACCCACCAGAAUUCUAUGUAUAAAAAUAGCACGACAAGAAGUAGGGACAAAUAUUCUGCACAAAACAUUACCCUAUAACUUGAUUAAUGACAGUAAUAAAUAGCAUUUACACCCGUAGAUGAAAUUUUCAACUUCCAAACAUUUAGAUGACAUUAUGGAGAACACAAGAACAAAGAGAGAGAAGAAUUAAACCCCUCCAUAAUCAAUGUCAUGUAUAGGUAGGCUUAGCUGACGUAGGAGUAGCC